AUGUUUAAUAGAAAAACUUUGCAGGCAUCUGAGUUGGUAAGGCUCUCUAGUUCGAUCAAGGCAAAACUUCAAAAUAGAGGUUCUUCAGUUAUCCCACCUCUGUCUCAUUGCUCGAGAAGCUUCGUCAGUCAACAUUCAUCAAAAUUAAAUCAUGUCUCGUUUAUAAACCAUAAUUCCCUCUCAUCAGCACUCGAGUCUCUGUGCCCUCUCAUAAAACAUAACCAUUUCUCGCGUGCCUACACGACUGGCUUGCAGGGGCAAUUUAAAACGUAUAAACCUCGAACACCUGGCCUUCGAUGGCUUAAACGUCCAAUUAAUGACCAUCUGUGGAAGGGCAAGCCUGUACGAAAGCUCACUGUCGCAAAGCGUGCUACGGGUGGUCGCAAUCACCACGGUCACAUCACCGUACGACAUCGUGGCGGAGGUCACAAACGUCGCAUUCGUCUU